AUACCACAGCACACCUUCAGGGGUCUAGUGGAGUCCAUGCCUCGACGGGUCAGGGCUGUUUCGGCAGCAAAACUGUGACCAACACAAUAUUGGGAAGGUGGGCAUAAUGUUAUGCCUGAUCUUUGUAUAUCCACAGUAUAAAACAUAAUUUAUAUCCAGCUUCUGACUGGUACCAUAUAUGGCAUUUAUCGUUUAAUAUGAAACACUGCUCAAACUUUCUGCUCAAACCUGCUGCAACUACCUCUAAUACUUCAAAGAAAUGAACCACAAUCAUAUCCUGUGCAAGAGCAGAGCAACAACAUAGAUGUAGCUGAAUUUACUAAAGAGCACCUGUACUUCAGCUGACUUUUUCAUAGAUGUAAAGAUCGCAGAAUCUAAAAGCCCUUAAUAUACAGCAACAUUACACUUACAAAAAUGCUUAAAGCGUUAAGAAAAACGUUUAAGAAAAAAAACCCUGCCAGGAAUAAAGAUGAUCAGUUUCCUCUUGUGAAAGACAUGCCAAUACAGCACGCAGAGACCUCUGAUGCAGGAGAACAGGAAAGCACAUUCGACUUCAGGAUGGCGUCUGGUUCAGGGGUUGAAAUGAGUGGCAAGAAAGAGCUUGAUAUUCUGAGAACAAUUCUGAGUGAACAAUCAAACCCUGAGGACAUUGACAAAGCAGCUGCAAAGCUGAAAAGCAGCUUCCCUCAAAACUGGCUCUGUGAGUAUCUUCAAGAAAUAGAUCAGUUUGUGGAAAACCACUUUCCCACACUACCAGUAGAGGGUCCACCAGGAUCUCAGUUAGAGCAGUUACAGGACUUUCUAAAGAGCACACAGAGCAAGAUAUGCUAUGAGGUGAUUCGAUUAACACCGGUACUGGAAGAUGCUGGGCUGCUAGUUCAUCUGACUGACAGUUACAGCCGUCACCUCUUUACCAAGUUGGACCUGCUGCUAAACAGAGAUCUGUCUGUGAAGGAGAUCUUCUGCUUAAUAAUGUGGGGAAAAGAUGUUUUCUUCAGCUCAGACUCAAAACUGAGAGUGUACGACCCACUGCUGUUGACAAGAUGGUUUGAGAGAGCAAAGCAGAAACUGAUUCUAGAACUACAGAAGGACAUCUCUAGGACUUUAGAGAACAUCCUGCACUAUGAUGAGCAACAGGGACAUAAUGAGGACUCAAUAAAUGAAGAAACAUUCAUAAGAGUUCACAUGGAUGUCACUCAGUGCCUGAAUCAUGCUAUUGUAGAUGCUAAAAAGUUUGGUCUGACCUUGAUGCAUGCAGUACAAAUACUCUGUAGUGAAGAGCUGCGUGGUUUUGCUCAGAAGUAUGUGGAUACUGAGAAUAAACGUCUAAAAAAACUAAAGUUCACUGAGAAGAACUCUGUGUAUCUGUUUCGGAUCAUCAACACUUGUAUGCAGCUCAGAUGUUGUGCUACACAAAUCAGUCCAGAUAAAAACAACAGCGAUGACGUCAAAAGCACCAUAAGCAUGCUACAGAAACUGGAACAUAAUGCUUUAUCCAUUGUACAGAAGAUCAUGAAAAGCUUAGCACAGGACAAUUUAAGAAGUUAUUUCAAGAAAAAGAAUGUGGAUAUUGAUAUCCUGAUGAAGGCAAUCCACGAGCAUUGUUCAUCUCUGCCUGAGACCGCCUUAGAGAUCAAAAAGAUCAUUGUGAAAAUAGCUUACGACUGUGUUUCCAAAGUGUACCUGGAAUGCCUGUUGAAGACAAAGUUCAGAAAGCUAGAGAAGCUUUGGGGAAAUGCUGAGGAAAAGAUAAAAGAGGAUGUUCAACGUUUUCACGAAACAUUCUCUGAACUGAAUGGCAGUGUUGCCCAGCAAAACCAGCUCCUUCAGAGAAUGAGUGAAGUUUUGCUUCACAGUGAUGUAGAUGCACUGAAGAUUACCUGUGGUGUAUUGUUUAGAGAUUUCCCACAUGAGAGUGAGCAGUAUGUACCUGGUCUGCUGCGCUGGAAGGGGGUGUUAUCAGAGCGACAGGUGAAGGAAGUACUGGAUGCGAUCCCGAACCCGACUCCAAAUCAUAGACAUGUCACCUGUUCUUUGGGCCUUUGUUUUUUUUCUUGUUAAUAGCAUGCUUCAAGAUAAAUGCCUCUGAACCUAUCAAUACCAUUGAUUUGAAUCAGUUUUGUAAAAUUCACCCAAGCCAAUUUGCAGAUCUGAAAUUUUAUUGCUGCUCAAGUAGAUUAAUAUUUUCAUGCAAAGACAUUUGGUAACACUUUAUUUUAAUGGUCCCCCAAUAGACAUUCUAAGUACUUUGCAACUACAUGUCAGCUUAUUCUACUUAACCCUAACCUAACAGUCUACUAACAGUCUACUAAUACUCUAUGAGUGUUAGUUGACAUGUAGUUGCAAAGUUACCUAUAGUUAGAUGAAUGUCUAAAAAAACGGACCAUCAAAAUAAGGUGUAACCCAACAUACUCUUUGUUCAGAUUUUGUUUAAUUGGAUCCCCAUUGUCCAGUUGCAAGAUUUAUGUGAAGGUUAGUUGGUAAAAGUAAGAUUUGGAGAAUGUUCUCCAAACAUUGUGCUAUUUCUGCCUUCUAGCAUUUAAAUCAGGGCUGCGUUUCUCAAGCAUCGUGAGCUAAGUUGAUUGUAGAGACUAUUGGUGACAAUGGUUAUAUGGUUUACUUGGGCUUAUGAUGCUCUUGGGAAAUGCAGCCCAACAAGGUCCUAGACCUUUUCAUUCACACCUGUCAACACAUAAUGCAGGAGUCAGAGCUACUCCAGUGACUUUAUCUCCCAGUCUGUCUGAAAUAAUAAUUAUAAUGCUUUUAAAUGUGGCCAACUAUAAAUUGAUGUAGAUAGAUUGUGCAAAAUGUCCACACUGACACUGUUUCCUCCUGGUAAAAUAAAUAAAAAAUUAAUUUGACUUGGUAAUAAGAUGCGUUUUUGAUAAUCCGAUCUGAAGUGUUCAAAGCUUAAUACGGGUGGAAAUUAAGUGAAAAAUAUACAUUUUUGAAAUGGAAAAGUUUGGGUAUCAUAUUUCAUCCAUCAAGUUUUAAUUCUUAUAUAGUAUGAUACAUAGGAGAAAAGUAUGAUAUAUAAGAGAAUAUAGAGCUCGUACUCAAUGAGAUAAAAAUGUAUUCGGUUUUAUUCAGAGGCCUAAACUGAGCAAAAUAUAUGCAAUUUAGUGCAGUUGCUGAUAUUAAUGUGGCCAAAAAGUAAGAUCAAAUUCUGAUAGCUUAAUGUAAAUCAGUGAGAUCCUUAUAACAAUGUAGCAGACUACUUAUAUAAAAAUUGCAUAUAAAUUUCACUCAAAACAUAUAAUGCAAUGCAAUUCAAUGACAACUGAGAGAUAACUGAGUUCCUUAAAAGCCUGAUGCAUCAUUGAUUGAGUUCUCACAUGUUCCUAGUUAUAUUAAUUAUCCCUGUAUGUAUUUCAGCUCUGAGUUUCCUUCAUUCUAAUGUCUGGUAUUGUCAGUGGUAAUGUGAUUGUGUUUGAUUUAUUCUCCUGUGAUCUCCUGGGUGUUCCUUGUUUAUUUUAUUAAAGGUCCCGUUUUUCGUGUUUUUUUGAAGCUUUGAUUGUGUUUAUAGUGUGCAAUAUAACAUGUGUUCAUGUU